AGUUUCUUGUAAUCACGUCUUAAAGUCUUCAGGAUGGUACUAGCAGACCUUGGAAGAAAAAUAACAUCAGCAUUACGCUCAUUGAGCAAUGCCACCAUCAUCAAUGAAGAGGUGUUAAAUGCUAUGCUAAAAGAAGUAUGUACAGCAUUAUUGGAAGCAGAUGUUAAUAUUAAACUAGUGAAGCAACUAAGAGAAAAUGUAAAGUCUGCAAUUGAUCUUGAAGAGAUGGCAUCUGGUCUUAACAAAAGAAAAAUGAUUCAGCACGCAGUAUUUAAAGAACUUGUGAAGCUUGUAGACCCUGGAGUUAAAGCAUGGACACCCACUAAAGGAAAACAGAAUGUGAUCAUGUUUGUUGGAUUGCAAGGGAGUGGUAAAACAACAACAUGUUCAAAGUUAGCAUAUUACUACCAGAGGAAAGGUUGGAAGACCUGUUUGAUAUGUGCAGACACAUUCAGAGCAGGGGCUUUUGACCAACUAAAACAGAAUGCAACCAAAGCAAGAAUUCCAUUCUAUGGAAGCUAUACAGAAAUGGAUCCUGUCAUCAUUGCCUCUGAAGGAGUGGAGAAAUUCAAAAAUGAAAAUUUUGAAAUUAUUAUUGUUGAUACAAGUGGCCGCCAUAAACAAGAAGACUCUUUGUUUGAAGAAAUGCUUCAAGUUGCUAAUGCUAUACAACCCGAUAACAUUGUUUAUGUGAUGGAUGCCUCCAUUGGGCAGGCUUGUGAAGCCCAGGCUAAGGCUUUUAAAGAUAAAGUAGAUGUAGCCUCAGUAAUAGUGACAAAACUUGAUGGUCAUGCAAAAGGAGGUGGUGCACUCAGUGCAGUUGCUGCCACAAAAAGUCCAAUUAUUUUCAUUGGUACAGGGGAACAUAUAGAUGACUUUGAACCUUUCAAAACACAGCCUUUCAUCAGCAAACUUCUUGGUAUGGGUGACAUUGAAGGACUGAUAGAUAAAGUCAACGAGUUGAAGUUGGAUGACAAUGAAGCACUUAUAGAGAAGUUGAAACAUGGUCAGUUUACGUUGCGAGACAUGUAUGAACAAUUUCAAAAUAUCAUGAAAAUGGGCCCCUUCAGUCAGAUCUUGGGGAUGAUCCCUGGUUUCGGAACAGAUUUUAUGAGCAAAGGAAAUGAACAAGAGUCAAUGGCCAGGCUAAAGAAAUUAAUGACAAUAAUGGAUAGUAUGAAUGAUCAAGAACUGGACAGUACUGAUGGUGCCAAGGUUUUCAGUAAGCAACCAGGAAGAAUCCAAAGAGUAGCAAGAGGAUCAGGUGUGUCAACGAGAGAUGUACAAGAACUUUUGACACAAUAUACCAAAUUUGCACAGAUGGUAAAAAAGAUGGGAGGUAUCAAAGGACUUUUCAAAGGUGGUGACAUGUCUAAGAAUGUGAGCCAGUCACAGAUGGCAAAAUUGAAUCAACAAAUGGCCAAAAUGAUGGAUCCUAGAGUUCUUCAUCACAUGGUGUGUGACUUUCUCGGAGAGAAGAUUGCAUCUGUUUUGGGCAUCAGCACCCCAAAAUACCAGUAUGCCAUUGAUGAGUAUUACCGGAUGAAGAAGGAGGAGGAAGAAGAAGAAGAAGAAAACAGGAUGUCUGAAGAAGCAGAAAGACAAUACCAGCAAAAUAAGCUGCAGGCUGAUUCCAUUGUUCAGUCAGAUCAACCAGAAACACUUGUAUCCAGUUCAUUUGUGAAUCUCAAUUUUGAAAUGGAGGGAGACUGUGAAGUAAUUACGGAGAGCAAACAAAAUCCAGUCUCUGUCCCUCCAUAGAAUGAAAUGACCAUCAAACUUCUAAGGUAGUUUUUAUACCAGGAACUUUCACACUCUCUAUUCAGUGGGACUUAAUAGUUAUUUAUAUUUUAAAUUAUUAAGUUAUCUGGAAAGGGAAGAAUGUUUCUUUAUUCUUAGGCUCUAUCUAGCAAAAGCCAGAUCUGAAAUUUGGAUAUUUGUACUAUGCUUUUACUGUCAGAUUAGUGCUUUGGUUUUAAAAUGAUCUUUUAAAAAAAGUUAAGGACAUUCUAGAACCCUAACCACCAAUUAAGAAGAGUUAAAUUAUCUUGUCUGUUAUUUGUGUAAGAAAAAAAAAUAGGUAAGUUGCUGAAUAAGGCUAACUGGAGCUGAUAUUCAUAGUCUCAGACUUAAAUGAGGAUUUUUCUUCUAGAUCUUCUCAUGUUAUGUCUUUCUUACAUUUAUAUAUCUAACCAUUCAUUUCAUACUAAGGAUGGUUCACUGAAUGUGUAAUAAAAGGAGCAAGAUGAAAGCAUUUUGAAUUUUCUUUCCUUGAGAAUUAACUUUAUUUCAUGGGAAGGUGAUUGAGUUUAUAAUGCCACCAAAUCUUAAGAUGGGUUUCCAUUUUUUAAUGAAGGUUAAUCUUAAUGUAUUUGUAUUCAAAUGGUAAUACCUAGUGAUUACCCACAUGGCAUCCUGUUUAUGUCACUCUUUCAGCCCUGAAUGCCUCCUAUGGGUCAAGAUUGGGGGACAGAUGAAGACUUAACCCUCCAGGGCUCACUGUUAAAUAUUGCACAAUGUGCAAUGGUAGCAUAAUGAAGUUACCUGUCAUUCACCACUUCGAAGCAACAACAGUGGAUGGUUUGCUUGACCCAGUUGGCCAUCUCUGUACCCACUGUGCCAUUAGCAGACCUUACAAAAGUAUAAUAUGGAACUAAUUUUGAAAAUACUUAUUUAUGUGUUCAGGAUCUUAUAUCUGUAUGACUUAGAUUUAUAACUAAAUGUGGAUAAGGAGAAAUAUGUAGAGUAUUUCAGAUAUGCUGCUGUUAAAAACCUAUUCACAAACUUAAAGAGUUUUUAGGAUUAUGGUUGUUAAUAGCCUUCUAAAUAGCAUUAAGCUUUCAAUCUUAACUAUUAUCUAUAUAGCUUCAAAGAAACAACAUAGCUACAGUGGGCUUAUUAUGGAAGUCUGUUAGCAAUGAACAUGAACAUCUGCCCACUAAGUUCUUCAACUGAAAUUUGAAGAAUUUAGGAAAGAUAAUUCUUCAUUAGGAAUCCUCAGUUACAUGGAUUCAUGGUAUGGUGGUUCAUGGCAUGUGACGGUGAUCUUUUUGGUCAUGGGUAUAAACUAUAUAAUUUAGUGCUUAAAGGAUUGUCAGAUUAUGUAAUAUCAUAAAUUAUAGUUUACUAGUAGCUCUAAACAAUGCUAAUCUGAUGUGUUCCCUAUAAUUUUUAUCUUCAUUUGAGAAGAUAUUCAAGCUCAAAUAUUUAUUUGGUUAUCCUGUAAAGGCAAGCAUAUCUAAAGGCGAUCUGAAUCUUCUCUCCCUAGAGGCACUAGAUCUAAGAGUUGACUCAGAAACUUUUCUGAUUGUAGUAGAAGGAAGAUAAUGAUUAAUGAAGGUUUUACAUUUCUUGAAUUUUACUUUUUCUACUUGUCCAACAGUGGCCAGUUUGUAAUGUUUAUAUAGUUAUUCACUGUGCCUUAAAUUUUUAUACUUUUUAUUUAUGCAAACUAUAAAAUUUCCCAUAAAUGCAUUAAAUGGUUUUGUCUUAUUUUUAAGCCUCUUUCACUUUUUC